ACCACUUCAACAUGUCGCCGAAGUCAACCGUUCCAACGCAGAGUGACAUUACGCUUGUGCCUGAGAACCUUCUCAAGAAGAGAAAGUCUCAAGAGAAGGCUCGCGAGGAGCGCGCAAUCGCAACCCGGGAGAAGAGAGACAAGAACAAGAAGAAGCGCGAGGUCAUCUUCACAAGAGCCGAGAAGUAUGUCAAAGAAUACCGUGAUGCCGAGAGAGAGCGCAUAAGGCUGUCACGCGAGGCCAAGAAGAGCGAGAGUCUCUACGUGCCCGAAGAGCCAAAGCUUGCCUUUGUCGUGCGCAUCAAGGGUAUCAACAAGAUCGAUCCCAAGAAGCGCAAGACAUUGCAGCUUCUGCGGCUGCUCCAGAUCAACAAUGGCGUCUUCAUCAAGCUUACCAAGGCUACCAUGGAGAUGUUGAAGAUUGUUGAGCCGUUUGUUGCCUAUGGUUACCCGAACCAAAAGUCUGUCCGUGAGCUGAUCUACAAGCGUGGUUAUGGCAAGGUUGAUAAGCAACGGAUUCCUUUGACUGACAACGAGAUCAUCGAGGAGAAUCUUGGCAAAUACGGCAUGAUCUGUAUGGAAGAUCUGAUCCACGAGAUCUGCACGGUCGGCCCCAACUUCAAGGCGGCGUCCAACUUCCUGUGGCCGUUCAAGCUCAACAGCCCGACGGGCGGCUUCCGCAAGAGGAAGUUUAAGCACUACAUUGAGGGCGGUGACCUGGGCAACCGGGAAGAGAAGAUCAACGAGCUGAUCAGGCAGAUGAACUAGUGCAGUGAUUUGUGAUUUGUCUUUGUUCAAGGGUUGGCGCGCAAAAAGCUGGUCGGAUAUACCACGGGAUGGAGCAUUUACAUUGGCGUUUUGGGACACUUUGACGGAAAUGGACGGCACGGUCCCCUCUGAUGAGUCUAAGUAGUAGUUGAGUAGUGGGGUGCAAGGCAGCACAGCAUUUUGAAUGCAUAUGAUGAGGCAAUCUUGAUCUUGUGCCAUGCCUUGUUGGACAAGGGACGUGGUGAAUGGGGGCUUGAGGAUAGAGUUUAUGUAAGUAGUAGCAUGUGGUCUUGUGCUUUGUGGUGGUGGUGGUGGUGGUGGCUUUUUGUCUGGUCGCCCUGGU